CCACGCUGUGAAGCGAGUCUAAAAGAAUUUUGAGCACUGAAGUCGCACGUGGGGUGUCCGGAAUUCUAGGCCGGGAGCCUGGAUUUUCACUGAUCUUGGGUGCACAGAUUAAAGGUUAGAGCCUGCCUGGGUGCCUCGGGCGCCUUCCCUCCCUGCUACCUUGCUUGCCUGCCGAUCUUCCCCAGCCUCUGGGGAGGGCUUCGUCCCUCAUGGUGGGCAUGAAGAGCCGCUGCUCCCAUCCAGGCUGCAAGACAUGGGCCUACUUCAACAAUCCAGGGGAGCAGCGGGGCUACUUUUGCAGCGCCCACAAGGAGCCGGGCAUGGUUGACGUGGUUAACAAGCUCUGUGAGCACCCCAACUGCAACAAGCACCCCAACUUCAACCACCCGGGCGCCACGCAUGCGCAGUUCUGCAGCCAGCACAAGGAGCCCGGCAUGGUCAACGUGAACAUCAGGGACCGGCAGUGCGCGGUGCAGAUGUGCAGCAAGUACCCCAGCUGCAACUUCCCCGGCCAGACAGACGGUCUGUACUGCGGCAAGCACAAGGAGGACGGCAUGGUCAACGUGACCAGCCGGCACUGCUCCUUCCCGGGCUGCAUCAAGCAGCCCAACUUCCACCACCCGGGCAACACGCGCGGCAUGUUCUGCUGCGCGCACAAGGCUGACGGCAUGGUCAACGUCGUCAGCAAGCCCUGCCAGAGCCCCGGCUGCACCAAGCAGCCCAGCUUCAACUUCCCGGGCCAGUCGCAGGGCCUGUUCUGCAGCCCCCACAAGCAGCCCGGCAUGGUCAACGUGAAGCAGAAGCACUGCGGCGCGGACGGCUGCACCAACCGCCCCAGCUUCAACUUCCCAGGCACCAACUCCGGCAUCUUCUGCAGCGCGCACAAGCUGGAGAACAUGGUGGAUGUGCGGAACAAGCACUGCGUGCACCCCGAGUGCAACAAGUGCCCGAGCUUCAACUACCCCGACAAGACGCCCGGCGUGUACUGCGGCCUGCACAAGCUCGCCGGCAUGGUGGACGUCAAGCACAAGCGCGACCGCUCCAACCUCGGUGGCUCCGGGUCCUUGCAGCAGCAGGCGGCUCAGCAGCCGUCGCAGGAGAUGCCCAUGGACUACAGCGCGCAGGCCGGCGCAGGCAAGCCAGAGGAUGUGCAGCAGCUGGGCGCGCAGCAGGGAGGCUUCCAGGGCGCCGAGACCGACAUGACUGCGGCGGAGGCCGUGGCCGCUGCGCUGAAUAUGUCUGCUGACGCCUCUGCGCUCGGCAUCCCCACACAUGUGGACCACCUCGGCCAGCCGGUGGCGGACGGCUAUAUGGCGGCAGGGCAUGACGCCGCCGCGCAGCAGGAGUAUGCAAUGCACCUGAACCAGGACCAGGCUGCGGCCGCGGCAGGGUACGAGCAGGUCGGCUACGACCAGUCCGGCCUCACGCACGAGCAGAUGGCCGUCGCCGCCGCACACGCUGCCUAUGGCGGUGGCCAGCCAGCAGCGUACGACCAGGCGUCAUAUGAUGCGGCCAUGCAAGCCGGAACGUAUGACCCGGGCGCGUAUGCCCAAGCGCACGAGCAUGUCCCGGUGGAGGCGUACGAGCAGGCCGGCGCAGGGGCAAUGCCCGACCAGGUGGCGCAGGGCCUCUAUGCACAGCCUCACCAUGGCGGAUACGGGCACGAUGCUGCAGUGAACGGGCAGCAGCAACAGCCGGUGCAGCACGGCAGCUACACAGCGCAGGUCACCGGAGACGGGGAGCCGGAAAAGCGGCAGCGCGUGGAGUGA